GACGCUGGUAUGGGGUAUGGUGGUGAUCAGGACACUGGUAUGGUGUAUGGCGGUGAUCAGGAUGCUGGUAUGGCGGUGAUCAGGAUGCUGGUAUGGGGUAUGGCGGUGAUCAGGAUGAUGCUGGUCAGGGGGUAUGGUGGUGAUCAGGAUGCUGGUAUGGGGUAUGGCGGUGAUCAGGAUGUUGGUAUGGGGUAUGGCGGUGAUCAGGAUGUUGGUAUGGUGGUGAUCAGGAUGCUGGUAUGGGGUAUGGCAGUGAUCAGGAUGUUGGUAUGGUGUAUGGCGGUGAUCAGGACGCUGGUAUGGGGUAUGGCGGUGAUCAGGACGCUGGUAUGGUGUAUGGCGGUGAUCAGGAUGCUGGUAUGGGGUAUGGCGGUGAUCAGGAUGCUGGUAUGGGGUAUGGCGGUGAUCAGGAUGUUGGUAUGGUGUAUGGCGGUGAUCAGGAUGCUGGUAUGGGGUAUGGUGAUGAUCAGGAUGCUGGUAUGGGGUAUGGCGGGGAUCAGGAUGCUGGCAUGGGGUAUGGCGGUGAUCAGGACGCUGGUAUGGGGUAUGGCGGGGAUCAGGAUGCUGGUAUGGGGUAUGGCAGUGAUCAGGACGCUGGUAUGGGGUAUGGCAGUGAUCAGGACGCUGGUAUGGGGUAUGGCAGUGAUCAGGACGCUGGUAUGGGGUAUGGCGGUGAUCAGGACGCUGGUAUGGGGUAUGGCGGUGAUCAGGACGCUGGUAUGGGGUAUGGCGGUGAUCAGGAUGCUGGUAUGGGGUAUGGCGGGGAUCAGGAUGCUGGCAUGG